UUUCUCUUUCCUAUUCUACUCUUAUCUUACAUUAAUUUCUUUUUACUUCACUUUUAUAUUAUUUCUUUUUCUUUAGAUAUGGUGGACAGCAAUGAUUUGAGUGAGAUGACAAAGUUUAGUAAUCCUUCUAAUUCUCAAGAUAUAUUAUGCAUGGUGCGUUUAAUUUCUUAUUUAAUAUAACUUUAUCAAUUAUUAGCAGUGUUUCUUACUAAGAUAUUAUGCUUAAUAGGCAUUUUUCCAAGUAGUAGUGGAACUUUGGGUUGUUAAUAUAAGAAUGGGAAAAUUCUUGAGAGUUUAUGAUCAUGUUUUGUUUUUGUUUCUGGGUCAGUAUCUGUGUUGGGUAAUGGGCAGUGAUGGAGCCACCAUGGGGUCUUGGAAGCCAUGGAAAUGGCUGUAGAUGUAGUGGUGAGCUGUUGUUGCGACCCCUUGGAGGAGUCUACCACCUUGGCCAUCUGUGUAUUUUAUUGUCUUUUGUCUUAAAAUUUAUUCUUCAAAUUUGUUCCCUUUAAAUAUUUAUUAAAAAAAAAAAAAAACAAUGCUUGAAAGGUUUAUUCCCGGGCAUGAGUUUUUGCAGUAGGUGGAUCAUAUAAUUUUGCUUAGACAAAUAUGUAGUGUUAAUUAUUUCUUACUCGAUUAAAGGAAAAAAAAAAUACUGAAAAUGGAUUGCAAGUUGGAAAUUAAGUAUAAGGAAAAAAAAAAAAUUUGAAGUAAAAGGAAAUUAAUGUAGAGUAAGGGUAGAAUAGAAAAGAGAAAGAAAAAAAAAAAAUUGAUUAAAAGAAAAAUCCUUUGGCAUUGGCCUUGGGUUGGAACAGCUCGUGUUACAAGUGUGCUUCAUUGGCGCGGGUGAGCAACAUCAAUCUGUCACAGCAGAGCUGUCUUACAUAAGCGCAAAAGGUGCAUGUAGGAGGAGUUAAUGGAAUGAAGCAAAAGGUGCAGGUAAGGCAACACAGCCAAAGCAGGAGAAGGAAACCGCCAGUUUAGAUUGUUGUGAAAAUAUGAUGGAGUUGAGUUGGCAAUCAUGAAUACCAUGCCACCUUCUCCACUAAAAACCCCCUAUGAACCAACAAAUCUCUCUCUCUCUCUCUCUCUCUCUCUUCCCACUCUGCAGUCUGCACUCAUAAACAAGUUUAAAUGCAAACCAACACUCAAACUCACUCUCAGUCAGACCAGAGUUUCUAUAAAGCCAGAGCAGAUUAGCCUUUGGUUUCUCAGACACUCAACUUCAUCUCUAUCUCUCUCUCUCUGGGAAGGAAGAAAUGUCUGGGACAAGACUGGAGCAGCAGCUCAAGAGCUUCAUCCGCUCCUUGCGUGAGCAGGGCAUUUUGGACCACCGCUUUAAUCAAAUGAAAGAGUUAGAAAAUGCAACUCCUGGUCUGGUUAUGGAAGUGAUUACCCUGGUCCUUCGCGAUGGUGACGCUGGCAUAGAAGAACUCACAAGAAAUCUGAGAGAACGUGAUAUCAACUAUCCUAAGGUGGCAGAUCUUGCCCACAAGCUCAAGGGAAUUGGCUCCAGUGUUGGUGGUUGCCGGGUUUCUGCUGCUUGUGUUGAGCUCCGACAAGCAAGUAAUGCAAAAAACAAACAAAGGUGCCUUGCGGACUUUGACGCAGUUAAACGUGAAUAUCUUGUCUUGCGGGAAAGUUUGAAUCACAUUCUUCAGAUGGAACGUACAAUCAAUGCUGAUGAGCCCAAAAGGCGACGUGAGUAAAGAGCUGGUUCGUUCGGCCUUCUAAAAACGUUGUCUCCAGAAGAUCAGAUGGUUCUUUAUAUUGGCUAUGUAAUAAGUUUAUUGCAGCUGAGCUUAGUAUCUUUUAUAGACAGGUUCAUGACUUGUUUAGUGUUGCAUUUGGUAUUUCAAUAAGUUCACCAGUACUGUGAAGUGAAACAUAGUGUCUUGUUAUCUCUGGAACUGCUUUUGUCCGUUUAA